UGUUGCAGCUCGUCGCACAGGUCUAUUUGGGGUUAGGCCAUUUCUCAUCUAGACCUUGUUUUGUGCUAAACUGACAGAUGGGCAUUCCUUGUUACGUCGACAAGCAUUCUUGAUAGCUGAAAUUAUCUACGUAACCGCUAGCUAGUGUAGCUACUUGAAAGCGCUCUAUGACCUACACAAUUUAAAAGCUGCAAGGCGAGGGCGAUGGAUUUAUUUGACGACCUUCCAGAACCAACCCAAAGCGCAUGUGGAGCCUCGGUACAAAAGUCAUGUCCAUUACCGCUGGAGGACAGGGGAGCCAAGAGGAAACGAGAGACACCGGAUUAUGAUUUGGUGGAAGAACAAAAACUAGAAGAAAAGAAAGUUUGUAAAGGCUCACCUACACUAAAGGGUUAUGUAGCUGCUCGGAGGGGAGAGAGAGAGGAGAUGCAGGAUGCUCACAUUCUCCUUCCUGACAUGAACACAUGCCUGACUUCCCUACCACUGACAGUGUCCCAUCUGGCGUUCUUUGCUGUUUUUGACGGCCAUGGAGGAGCUAGAGCCUCUCGUUUUGCUGCUGAGCAUCUUCACCGCACUUUGGCCCUGAAGUUUCCCAAAGUGGAAACAGAAAACUUAGAUAAAUUGGUGAAGAAGUGCCUGCUAGACACCUUCCGACAGACCGAUGAAGACUUUCUGAAAAAAGCUUCAAGCCAGAAACCUGCCUGGAAGGACGGCUCUACAGCCACCUGUAUGUUAGUGGUGGAUGAUAUGGUGUAUGUGGCCAAUCUCGGAGAUAGCAGGGCAGUUCUCUGUCGGAUGGAAGAGGAAGGGCAGGGUGGAGGCAAGAAGUGUCUUACUCUGGCGCUCAGUAAGGAACACAACCCCACCAUCUACGAGGAGCGCAUGAGGAUCCAGCGGGCUGGGGGCACUGUCAGGGAUGGGCGGGUCCUUGGAGUGUUGGAAGUGUCUAGAUCAAUAGGAGAUGGACAGUACAAACGCAUAGGAGUCAUAUCCACACCUGACAUCAGACGCUGUCAACUCACACCCAAUGACAGGUUCAUCAUCUUGGCUUGUGAUGGUCUGUUUAAAGUAUUUUCUGCAGAGGAAGCUGUUAAAUACGUUGUUAACAUUCUUCAGGAUGGGAGUAUCGAGAGGAAGAACGGACAGACUGAGGAGGAGGGCCUCUACGAGGCGGCAUGUCAAAGACUGGCCAAUGAGGCGGUCAGAAGAGGAUGUGCCGAUAAUGUUACUGUCAUACUGGUGUCUGUUAGCUUCUGAACCACAUAAACAAUAUGGACAUCCAUUUUUCUAUUGGAGUCAUUGCAGCCAACAGACCACAACAGACAACAUUCGAGACACGUUGGUCAACCGUUCAUUAUAACGGAGGUGUUCUAAUCUCUAACUCAGUGUAAACCAUGUUCUACUGCUCUCUAAAGCCUAAUUUACACCCUCAGCAAGUACACCAUGCUACUGCUAUUGGCUUGGUUCAUGUACUUGCGUAGGAUGUUACAGGCAAUGCCCUGUACGGCCGUGUGAUGUUUAUUCUGAUGACUGCUGAUGAUGUACAUAUUGUCUUUUUCUGUUAUACGUUCUUCUCUAGUUUGUGCCUAUUGACUUAUUGCUUCUCAAUGCUGAAUUUGUAUUUUUGCUUUGGAGUACUUUUAAUAAAAUCUUUCAUAACUAUA